UAUUCCCAUUCAUAGAAUAAAAGCAGUAUUUCCAUCCAUGAUAUAGGAAAAAACUAAUCAAACAUGUUUAAUGUCUUUUACGGUUGGUCUAUUCUGAAACUUCUAUUCCCUCCAUGUGAUGGCACCUUUAUAUACACAAAAUAUUUCCUGUGAUCACUGAAAAGCUGGAAACAUUGUUGGGUGAUGUAUGAAAUUAAACGUUCUGUGGUAGUUCUAUGUUGUCCGCCAUGUUUACUAAAGGUGAAUUAUUAUUGUCAGAUAAAUAAAUUAUAUAUUGUUAUAUAGUGCCAGAAAAUGGAAGAAACGAAAGUUAUAUAUCAUAUAGAUGAUGAAGAAACCCCAUAUUUAGUGAAAAUACCGAUUUCCCCGGAUAAAGUUACAUUAGUGGAUUUUAAAAAUGUUCUCAACAGGCCUAACUACAAAUUUUUCUUUAAAUCGAUGGAUGAUGAUUUUGGAGUCGUUAAAGAAGAAAUUGUAGAAGAUUCUGCAAUUCUACCAUGUUUUAAUGGAAGAGUAGUUAGUUGGUUGGUAUCAGCUGAUGGUUCCAAUCAUUCUGAUGGAGGUUCUCAAUGUACAGACAGUGUAACACAUCAAUCAGAAACAAGAUUACCGCCGCCACCAGUAAGUGAAUCUGUUUGUACUGACACGGAGAGUAUUAUAAGUUCAAGACAGGGUAGAAGACACCACAAAUACUCUUCACGUAUUAACGGACAUCUUCCAAGGGUAUAUGAAACUGCUUCGAUAGUAAGUUCAGAUUUAGAAACUACCAGUUUUCAAUCGGAAACGACAGGAAGACAUACCGCUUUAUCAGAAUGUUCGAGCGUUAGUAGAUUGCAAGUUGCUGGUCGCAAACGACCCCAAAGACGACGUAAACAAAGACUACAGGCAAUGUCUCGGACAAGUUCUUAUUCAAGCAUCACAGAUUCUACAAUGUCUUUAAAUAUAAUUACCGUUACUCUAAACAUGGACACAGUCAACUUCUUGGGUAUUUCAAUUGUUGGUCAAAGUAAUAAAGGUGGAGAUGGAGGCAUAUAUGUCGGAUCCAUAAUGAAAGGGGGAGCAGUAGCUUUAGACGGCAGGAUAGAACCUGGUGACAUGAUAUUACAGGUGAAUGAUGUAAAUUUUGAAAAUAUGUCAAACGAUGAAGCUGUUAAAGUAUUAAGAGAAGUUGUACAAAAACCCGGACCUAUUAAACUAGUAGUUGCCAAAUGUUGGGAUCCCAAUCCUAAAGGUUACUUCACAAUACCACGAACAGAACCCGUCAGACCUAUUGAUCCGGGUGCUUGGGUGGCACAUACAGCUGCAGUUCGAGGGGAUCCGGUGGCGAGACCACCGAGUAGUUCAACUGUAUCAAGCUCAUCAAUAGCCAGCACGAUACCCGCCAAUGAACAUAUGGAGGAACCAUUGUCUGUAAAUUCCCCAAUGUCUCAAGUGGUUCAAGCGAUGCAAAGAGCGGACAGCGGAUUAGAAAUUCGGGACAGAAUGUGGCUCAAAAUAACAAUUCCUAAUGCUUUUAUUGGUACCGACAUGAUAGAUUGGUUACUGACACAUAUUGAAGGUUUUCAAGAAAGAAGAGACGCAAGAAAAUACGCUUCGCAUUUAUUGAAAGCUGGAUUCAUCAGACAUACAGUCAAUAAAAUUACGUUCUCCGAACAGUGCUAUUACAUAUUUGGCGAUCUUUGUUCUGCAAUGACCAACCUCAAAAUACAGGGUGAUACAGAUAGCGUAGGACCUUUACCGAACGUUCCUAAUUACAUGCCAUAUAGCGGUACAUACAAUCCAUUGGAAUAUAUGCCGAUGCCAUUUUACAGCGAAAAUACAGUGUACGGUUACAACAAGGAGGAAUCCGUUUUAAGUGGAAGCGGUGGUUCAUCAGGAGGUUCAGAACACUUGAAAGAUACUGCAGCUGGUCACAGCAGCGCUUCCGACAGCGACAUCACUUCCUUAGGACCUCGUUCUUCGGCCGUACCAAAAACCAGCGGAAACGGAAAUGGUAGUUCGAACGGUUCAGAACAGAGCAGCGGAACUCAAGUUUCGACAAAUCCACAGUCAAAAGACAUUGCCGGUAGUAGACAAUCUUUUAAAAUUGCCAUGGGUAAUCCAUGUGAAAUGUUUGUGGAUGUUAUGUAGAAUGUGACUGAUUAUUAUUUAUCUUUUUAUUGAGUCGACAGUUUGAUUUUCAAAAAAAUUACUUUCGAAAAUGAUUUUUCUUUUUAAUCACAUUACUAUAUUAAAAUAUUUUAUUUUUUUAACGUCUACUCAAUAAAAUUGAUGUACAAAGUUUUUUGCAAAUUGGUUAUUUCUGAUCGUUUUCCAAUUUGACAUAUUUUUGAAAUAAUUUUCGAUAUAACUGUUGAAAUAUUCGAAAAUCUAAGAACUCACAGUGUUACUGUCAAGAAGAAGCAAGUUCUAGGUUUAAUCAAUUCUCCAUAUAUCCAAAAAAAAACUCUAUACUUGAAAUGAAAAUUAGAAGAUUCAUAAUUCUGUUAAGUACAGAGUUAUUUGAAACAUCUUAUCAAUAACCACAUACAGGAUAUGCAAAAAUUCUCUUGUCAAGCCCAAACUACAGAUAGUUCAUAGUAGGAUUGUGCGUGGCCGUUGAGCACUUGAUGUUUCCUUUGAGAAGCUUUAACCUUUUGAUGUUAUUAAGUUGCGAGGCUUUUACAAGUUAGUGCUGGGUACUCACAGUUGAUGUGGUCUGCACUUUCAUCCUCCUCCAUGCACCAGCAGAAAUCCGGAUCGUCCGUGAUGCUCAUGGUGUUGAGUUGGCGUCUUAGAUGUCCGUGUCGGGUUAAAAAACCGCUCCCUAGUCGCAUUUCGCGCCUAUUUAAUUGGUGUGAGACGCACAAAGUCUAACUAUGUGUGCCUUCGCGAUAUCAACACUUUUAGCUACAUCAAUGAUGAGUUCGCAGAUCCCAAUUUUACUGGUGAGUCCGUCUGACAAGCCAAAUUUUAUAGGACUAGAGCACACCUUUUCAGCUGUUAUGAGUCAUAUAUCAGCUCUGGUAUCUGAGCAGAUUGAGCAGAAGCCUGCUCCGGCUAAGCCUUUUCUCCUGGAGCCGUCUGUGUACCAGGAAAUUCUAUUAUUCAGUAUAGCAGGCUUGGAGUCUCACUGAUUCACUGCUUCAGCUCAGUGAUAUGAGGGCCAAGGACGUUAAAACCUAAUUUUUGUAGAAGUCGAUUCGCUUCUCUCUGUCACACCUUCGUUUUUUUGGGCUCAAAUCGUCCCCUGUCUCAAUUUCUUUUCUCAUGUGUCGUAUCUUAACUCUAACUCUAAAUAACUUUUAAAAACUUUAAGCAAUCACGAAAAUCCUCGAAAUCAAAAUAAUAUACAUAAUUUGCAAAGGGAAAAGUGCAAUUGCGAUUUUUUUUGUUAGCCUAGACGCAUGUGAAUUGUACCAAAA